AUGCCUCACAAACACAAGAGGCGCCAGGAUGAUAAGUCGACUUAUGAUCUACCUCCUUCCUUCAUAGCCAAGUCUCUAUCGGUUCACAAACCCAAGCCAGCGGAGAAAGGAAAGAAAAAGCCUGCUGGUAAAAAUGACAAAAAACUCAGCGCCAAAAAGGCCAAGGAGUCGUCGGGUUGGGUGGACGACACCCCGCGCGCCUUUGCACGUAUGAUGCAAUAUCAGGCUACGGGCAAGCGGCCUUCUGGACUCGAUGAUGGCAAUGGUCGGGCGCGAGGCAAGAAAAGGAAGCACGGCGGAGAAGACAAAGACGGUGCAGCUGAAGUAGCUUCGAAUAAGAAUAAUCAAGCGUCUGGCGAUUCCAAAAAAUCUGCGGGGAAGACACCGGCUACAACCACAGCUACUUCUACUACUACCCUCAAAAUUCUACCUGGUGAAAAGCUUUCUGAUUUCGCCGCGCGUGUUGACCAACAAAUGCCGCUGUCUUCAAUGAAAAAGUCGCAAAGGUCUGGACAAUCCGAGAAUCUGCCAAAGAUCCGAGAAGAGCGAAUCACAAAACACGAGAAACACCUACGCAGACUCCAAAAGGGUUGGCGCGAGGACGAGGCCAAGAUCCGAGAGAAAGAAGCCGAGGAACGGGAAUUAAAGGAGGCUGAAAACGAGGAUCUGAAUGACUUGUGGAAGGAGUGGCAGAUUGAAGCUGGCAAGGCCAAGGCUAAGAAGAAGGGCUCAGGUGCAAAGAAGAAGAAACGCAAGGGGGAUGAUGGAAACGGUAUAGAUGAUGAUGACGACGACAAUGAUCCAUGGGCGAAGCUCAAUACACGUGAACGUGCGGCGAAGCCGUUGAAUCCGCUAGAAGUUGUGCAAGCGCCUCCAGAGCUGACGAAACCGAGAGAGAUCUUCCGAGUACGUCGGGGUGUCGGUGGCGCUGAGGUAGAUGUUGCAAACGUCCCCGCAGCUGCUGGAAGUUUGAGAAGACGAGAAGAGCUUGCAAAGGAACGAAAGACCAUAGUCGAGGAAUACAGGCGGUUAAUGGCGGAAAAGAGGCGGUGA